AUGAAUUGCACUACACCAUCCAAUUUAAACAUCAAAAGUUUGUGCUUGAAUUAUGGGAAUAAAAAAAUCCCUACAUCAACUAAAUUUGGAAAGAAAGGAAACCCUAGAUUGAGUUUACAAACAAGAUCUUGUUUGGGAAAUGGAAAUGGUGGUGUUAGAAGUAAUGGGAUUGGAAAGAGAGAUGGGGUGAUUAUUGUUGAUCAUGGGUCACGUAGAAAGGAGUCCAAUCUUAUGCUAAAUGAAUUUGUGGCAAUGUUUAUAGCGAAAACUGGGUACCCAAUUGUUGAGCCUGCUCAUAUGGAGCUAGCAAAACCAUCAAUACAAGACGCCUUUCACGCUUGUGUUGAAAAAGGUGCAAAUCGUGUGAUUGUAAGCCCUUUCUUCCUCUUCCCAGGGCGACACUGGCAUCAGGAUAUUCCUUCCUUAACUGCUGAAGCUGCAAAAGACUAUCCAGAUGUCUCAUAUUUGAUAACUGCACCUCUUGGACUACAUUCACUUCUUCUGGAUGUAGUGGAUGAGAGAAUUAAACAUUGCUUAAGCCAUAUUGCUGGAGAUGCAGAGGAGUGUGCAGUUUGUGUGGGAACAGGAAAAUGUCGUCUUCAUUGAUUUAUAUAUUGAAAGAAAAUCUAUAAACAAAGUUUUAAUUUUCAGGUAGAAUAAUUUUUUUUAUUUGUAUAAACACUCCAAGUCAUCAUAGUAAAUAGAAACUUUCGUUAUGAGUUCAUUUUCUCAUAUGUUGUGUCAUCAUCCACCUUCUUUAUGUCAGAUUCC